AUGGCAGCCUCCAUAAAUGACGAAUAUUUGACGAAAUCACGUUUAAAAUUCGACAUUUCUGCUCAUAAUAAACGUUUAGAAUGCAUAAGAAAAACUGAAUUUGCAAGAUUAGGUGAUGCCAUUUACCUCGACCACACCGGUGCUACUUUAUAUGCCAAGAGUCAGAUUGAAGCGUAUUCUGAGGACCUGUUGACUCACGUGUACGGGAACCCUCACAGUCUCAACGCCAGCAGCCAGCUCACGACAGACUUGGUGGAUCAAGUCAGGUUCAGGAUCUUACAACACUUCAACACCACACCAGAAGAGUAUAGCAUCAUCUUCACGUCUGGUGCGACAGCUAGUUUAAAACUGCUGGCGGAAAGCUUUGACUUUGUCGGGGAUCUUUCACAAAGAUCAGGAACUAGGUCACUGGAUAGUGACGAGACAGCCGUUCUCAAAAACGCAGAUGAGAAUGACACUGAAAGGGGUGUGCAAUGUGAAGAUGGUGGGUCAUCGCAAGGGGUCAAACACUGUCCCAGCACUAAUAAUGUUGCUGCCAAAGAUAUUCCCAUUAAAAACAAUAAUCAGUUCGGAGUAAGAAAAAAAGAGUUCAAAGAAUGUGAACUUGGUUUCCUCUCAGAUAAUUCAAAUGCAAUUGGCACGAAUGGAUGUCUGUGUUAUGUACAGGACAGUCAUACGUCGGUUGUUGGUAUGCGGGAAGUGGCAACCAGUCGGGGUGCUGCCGUCUUCUGUUUGGCCGAAAAGAUCAUUGAAGAAGUAUUUACUUCCAGUCAAUGUGAUGAGAAGCACCCUGAUAGCGCAGGGUCUGGAGACCAUGCUAGAGUGACCUCUCAAGGUUGCUUAGGUCAUGGACAGCUGACCUUGGGUAAAGGGGAAUCGACCCAGAGGUCAGAACUUGGGUUGAAGGUCAUCCCAAAUGAUAAUGCUCCUGAAACAUCUGUGAUACAGAAUGGAAAUAAUUGUAAUACAGAAACUUAUCAAAAGCUCAAUAAAAAUGCUGCCAUAAGUGUGAGGGAAAGGUCAAGGUCAGAACCGAUAGAAAGUGUCAAGGUCAGACAGCAAUUCCAAGGUCAGAGAAUGGUGACCUCUGGGAAUGGACUGUUUGUCUUUCCACCGCAGAGUAACUUUUCUGGACAGAAAUACCCGUUAGAUUGGAUCGGGUGUGUGCAGAAUUGCAUGAUGGGAUGUGGAUCAUGUGACAGGUGGUACGUCGCAUUGGAUGCUGCCACGUUUGUCGCGACCAAUCCAUUAGAUCUGAGCGUAUGGCAGCCAGACUUCGUGGUGCUGUCAUUCUACAAGAUGUUUGGAUUCCCAACAGGCAUCGGUGCUCUGAUUGUGAAGAAGACAAAUGCUCAUCUGCUGCAGAAGGCCUACUUCGGAGGCGGGACUGUGCUUGUCAACUUGUCCAAAGAACGAUUCCAUGUGCCCAGGCCUGAUCUGGCUGAGAGGUUUGAAGAUGGAACUAUUGCAUUCCUUGACAUCCUGGCUCUGAAGCAUGGAUUUGAUACCUUAGCGAAAAUAGGAGGACCAAUGACCACUGUAUCUCAUCACACCUAUGCCCUCGCAAAACAUGUCUUCAGUCACCUACGCUCAAUGACCCACCCUAACGGAGCCCCGGUCACGGAGCUCUACACUGGAACAGACUUCAGCAACAUCGCCAAGCAAGGCAACAUUGUCAAUUUCAACGUUUUGAGAAGUGAUGGGUCGUAUGUUGGUUUCAGCCAGGUUGACCGCCUCGCGCAGAUCCACAACAUCCAUCUGAGAAUUGGCUGUUUCUGUAACAUCGGUGCUUGUCAGAGGUUCCUGGGUCUCACGGAUCAGCACGUCAUGGACAAUUUCAAGGCAGGGCAUGUUUGCGGCGAUGACAUGGACCUAGUCAACGGGAAGCCAACUGGAUCUGUCCGCAUCUCAUUUGGUUACAUGUCGACCCUGAGUGAUACUGAGGCGUUCCUGCAGUUUGUGAGAGAAUGCUUCGUGGAGAAAGGAGCGGGUUUGGAUGAACUGGUUGGAAGGGAGAAGCGAGGGGACAAAGGGGUAGCCCCAGCAGCAGUCAAUAACAGUACUAGUAUACGAAAAGCAGAAGAGGUUGAGACCCCGAGAGAAUCUGAACCGAAUCAAGACAACACACCGACACGGCAUCUAAGUAACAAAUCAAUUGCUUGGGUUGAAGGUGACAACGAUUAUGUUGAUCGACUGAAACUAAAAUUUCGCUGCCAGUACACUGGGAGGAAUACUACCUCUAGGGAACCACUUUUGAGUGGUAUUUGUAUUUAUCCCGUCAAGUCCUGUGGGGCGCUGAAGGUGAACCAGUGGGAGCUCAGCACCACCGGCCUGAUGUACGACAGAGGAUGGAUGAUUGUAAACCAACACGGUACCUGCCUCAGUCAGAAGAGGGAGCCGAAACUCUGCCUGAUCAAGCCCUACCUUGACCUUAACGAAAACUUGCUGGUGUUAACCAUUGAGGGUGAGGCCAACCUGUUGGUACCAAUCGAUCUGAAGCUCGGGGCAACCAUUGAAGGACAAAUGUGUCCGACUACGGUCUGUGGUGACAAAAUCAGUGGUGUUGAUUGUGGUCUGGUGGCGUCUGAUUGGGUGAGCUUAGUCCUCGGUCGUCCGGGCUCUCGCCUUAUCCGGCAGUGCAAUGCGGGGGACAGGAGGAGUAAAUUGAAAAAAGAUACGGAUGGGUCGUCACGUCUGUCAUUCACGAACGAGUCUCAGUUCCUCCUUGUCAAUGAGACCAGCAGUGAAAGGCUUCUCGCCAUGAUGCAGAAUGGCUCACCCACACAGUCAAAAGACAGAGAUACAGAUACACGAAAUCUUAUUGAUCGAUUCCGGGCCAACUUUGUGAUAUCUGGUGCAGACGCGUUUGAAGAAGACGCUUGGUCAAAGAUAACAAUCGGAGAACACAAUUUUAUGAGUUUGGGUGAAUGUAACCGUUGUCAGAUGAUAUGUCUGGACCAGGAGACUGGCGUCAGGAGUAGGGAGCCUCUGAUGACCCUUGCUGCCUUCAGGGGGGCCAACAAGGUCACGUUCGGUAUCCACCUCAAGCACACAACUUCGCCCGGACAGAAAGUGGUGAUGCGAGUUGGAGAUCAAAUCAAGAUUAUGUCAUAGCACAAAUUAACAAAGGAUUCUACCUUGUCUAUCGAGCCUGAGAGAUAUGCUGUGCAGGGCUGAAUUAAACUUUUUGGUCCGGGGAGGGGGGGAGGGCGGUGCAUAACACCACUUUUCAUCCCAAAAGGGCCCAAAUCUGCCUGAAAAACACGUUUUUGCCACCCUGCACCCCCCCCCCAAACGCAAAAUAUGGCCCUGGUGUGAUUGAUUUUUAGAUGUAUGGUAAUGGUGGAACACUAUAUACUUGUAUGCUCUUAUGAUUAAUGUUAAAAUAUUAAUUUCAAAGCCAUGACAUUUAUAUACAUAUGUAUUGUCUUAUUUGUUCGGUGAUUAAAUGCUCUGGUGAUAUGGUACAUUGUGCAUGUAACUUAUGUAAUCAAACUCUAUGCAUGACAAAAGUAAAAAAGUUACUGGUGCUAGUUCAGUUUAGUAGACGAUAUUAGUGUGAUAUUAGUCUCAUUGGUAGUCUCUAGGACUGACCGGGUGAUAUUUUUUAAAAAGCAGCUAUUAUAUAAGGGCAGAGACAUGUAUUCAUCCACGAUGGGAAGUGUGGCACAGUCACAUAGAGCAUAAUAAAAUGUCAAGUUGCGGUAAAUACAUGGCUGGGAUGGAUCAAAGUGGAAUGAAUUCUCAAUCUGUGGUCAACUCUAAAUCUACAGAGUCAGGCCAUCACAGAAAUAUGCUUUUUGACAAUUUAUUUAAGAAAAUGUGGUCUCACUGGUCAGUUUAGAACUCGUAUUUUGAUAGGGCCAAUGCGCGAGUGUCAAUUUGACGGAUGGGCUGUACAGAAGUCUUUUUUUCUCAGGCAUUUGGUAUUGGAAUGUUGUAAAAUUUUAUUAUGAUAUUGGUGGAGGAUUCUUCUAAACACAUAUAAAAUUUGGUGAGGAUUGAUUGGCCUUAGGGGUAUUUUAUUUACCAAAACCUAUAACUAGCAAUGUACACGUAAUGUACACAGUGUGUAAUAGAGGUCUCUUUUUUGUUUUUGUUUUUUUUCAUAUUACCGGUGUCGUAACCCUAUUGGAUUUUUGCCGGAGGUAUGGAGUCCACUAUAGGCUACAUUCCACCUAUGCGGGAUCUUGUACUUGCCCUGGUAUAGACACUCGGGUACAAGGGACCACGGCUUUCAGUCUCAUCCGACAGACCCUCGAGUAUUUCAAACGUUUGUACGUGUUGUGAAGAGCCAGGAAUUUUAGUUCCUUGAAAGCCACGCCAGUUCAUCCAAAAAAAAUAUUGUGGGUUCUCCCCAUGAUAGAACCCGGGCCCUUUUGCGUGGUAGUCAGCAGUGUUAACCACCAGGCUAUGAGGCUCCUUGAUAUUAUAGCCUUUUAUUUACUCAAUGCUACAUAUACAUGACUUCACUCUACAUUACAUGUACAACAUUACCAAUGCUGCUCGUACCUUUUAUACAUCUUGUAUUUGUAUAUCGUUUACAAAUCAAUAAAAUUUUA